CAUCUUGCCUCCUGAAUGGCAGACCUGGGCUUUAUAACAGCGGCGGGAAGGGCUCUACUAGCUCUGCGCUGCUGCUGGAAGGAAAGAAAGGAGGAAGGCAGGAAGGCAGAGGCAGCCAUGAGGAGCCUCCGCUGCGCCCCGGUCCUCCUCUUGCUGCUCUGGGCAGGAGACUCCGCGGUCAUCACUGGGGCUUGUGACAGAGAUCUGCAAUGUGGUGGAGGCAUGUGCUGUGCUGUUAGUCUCUGGAUUCGAAGUCUUCGAAUGUGUACACCAAUGGGUGACUUGGGAGAGGAUUGUCAUCCUUUGAGUCACAAAAUUCCCUUUCGUGGAAGGAGAAUGCAUCACAGCUGUCCAUGUUUACCUAACUUGGCUUGUGUCCGGAUUUCGUCUAGCAAAUACAAAUGUUUACCAGACUUCAAAAACGAAGAUCUCUUUUUUUAGCAAAAAAUAUUGUGAAGGAUUUCGUGGCAUUGCUUAUUUUCAUGUACUGAGACCCUUGUAAUAGUGACAAAGUUGUUUGCCAGAGGAAAUUUUCUAACAUACUUUCUCUCCUUGUAAACAUAAAUGUUAUUAAGAUAUCAUACUUGAUAACAGCCAUGAUGAUUUUUGCUAGAUAUUUAUGUGGCAUUAUUUGUAUGAGCUUGUGACCUGCCAGUCUGAAUGCAUCAAGCAUGUCUGGGAGACUGCUAGACACUAAAUAAACUUCCUGGCUUUCUGGCCUGCAGGAAGGAAGCAGUAUCAAGUAACUAACUGGCAGUCCCCAGUGCAUGGCAUAUGGACUGAAUUUAGCUUGAUGGGUCACAAACCGCAGGCAUGUACUAAAGGAAUAUUAUGGUCUUUUCUCCUAAAAGCUAUAUUUCUUUAAAGUGUUCAGGUCACUCAUCUAGAACACUGGACACCCAGAAUUGCUGUGACAGUUUGCAUCAAUUGAACCAUUAUUUUUCUGAAAGUACUAAGCUUGACAGAAAGUAUUGUGUCCAACAUUAUAAUACAUAGGGAAGGAGGAAUGAUGCACAUCCAGCUGUGGCUCAGCCACUCUCCUUUCUCCUCUCAAGUAAGAGAGAAUGGAGCAUCAGAAGGACACCAAAGCCCAGGUAGAGCAAAUUUAGCUCAAAGGCCAAAUUUAGCUCAAGGGCUAGAGAUACUACCCCUGAUUUAAAGAAUCUUAACAAUUACACAAUGAGUAUAAGAGAAAGAAUUGUUCUGAAAUUUAUCUAGCAUAAAUUAGGAACUUGUCUAAAACUGUAUGUAUGCAGGGUACUUUCUAUUUUUAAACAAAUCUGACAGUCAUUUGAAUUGAAGUACCUGACUUCUUGUUAUGUAAAUAUAUUGAUAUUGCUAUGCAAAAAUUCUGUAUCAGAAUAAUAACAGUAUGGCAUUAUAUUUAUUUAAGAUUAUAUUGUUAUUUUGCACUGUGGUUUUUGCUUUUUAUUCUUUAAAAGUUACUGUUACCUACCAACAUUAAAUUAAAAAAUUAUACUUGUGUACAAGAUUUCUAAGAAUAUGCAUUACCAAAUUUUUCACAGGCACCACAACUUUAAAGGACAGAUUAAAGAUGAUGUGAAGGACUUUCCUAGGUUUAAGAUUUUAGAAUUCAAGAGUCAUUACAAAUUAUUAAAUCUUAUGAUGUUCUACCUGUUUUCUUUGCUUCUCAUUUUUGUUGCUGAAAACCCAAACAGGAUAAUCCUAUGCAUUCUUUUCUUAGAACUAAAUCUCCAUGAGUGCAAUAAGGCUUAACCUAAAAUAGGUGGGUAUAGAAUUGCAGCUUUAGGAGCUUUGUUCUUUGCAGCUUUUAUCAUCUUUUUUUUUCUUGGAAUACCAACUGAUGAUUAGCAAAUGUGCACUAUUUGAGUAAACAUAUAGUUUCCUUUAAUUCAUGAAUGAUUGGUGUAGAUGGUUUUACCUUCUGAAUACAUCUGAAGCCUGACCAGAAGAUUGCUAAAAUUCCUUGACUAAUCAAAUGUGAUAAAGUUCCAUUGUCAAUAACAAUCCUACCUAUGGAACUAAGGCCAAUGACAUGAAGGGGUUCUAACAUGUUCUUUGUAGAAGAAUCAGCAUAAUCAAAUAGGUUUUUUUCUGAGCUAUAUAAUUUUAGUUACCCAGUAGAACGUGACAUGUUUGAAAGUUUACCAUUAAAAAAACAAUAUAUUCUGCAUAUAGAAAAGCAAAGCUGGGCUAAACACAAGCUAGCUUUUUUGUGCAGAAUUAUUUUUGUUGUCAUGAAGAAUCCCAGAAAUGGUUGAAUGCUAAUAAUUCUGACAGCAUAAACUAGCAGAGAUGAAUGACCAAUCAUAACAUCACUGUGAUUUCUCAUUCCAAUAUAUUUGAGGACAAACAAAAUAUAUUAUGUUAAGUUCAUUUUUAUAAGAAAAAGUUCAGUUAACGUCUUUUGAAAAUUACUGCAUAUUAGAAGCCAGACCAAGGUUUGUAGGAAAGUUGGAGACUCCAGACCCUCUGCUGGACAACUAACUAUGAUACCAUUAGAUAGUGUUUUAUUAACAUCCAAUCAAUUCUAAAACAGAAUUAGCCCCAAGGUAAUUUUGUUUCAGCACAUCAGGCAUAAUUGGGAGUUUUCCCCUUUGUCUAUAGUCAUCCUGGUACUUGGAGAAAUGUUUCCCCCAAAUAAAACCAUUUUUAAAAUCCUUUUCUGGUAGUCCUUUGAUUAAUUACUUCUUUGGAGGUUAUGAAAUCAUGUAGUGCAUGCUGAUGUGAUCUUUCUUCAGCUUUUGAGAUGUAUGUUGUUUUCAAUAUUAUGUGAAGAGACCCAAAAGCACCAACUUAAAAUAAACUUUAUAAAGCAGAACAGCAAUAAACUUGUUUUUGAUUCUUACAGCCACGGAAAAGUUUGUUUAAUCAUGUGUGUCAUUAAAAUUAGGUCAUGUUUUGUUACAACUAGAACUAUCUCGCAUUCUAUUUUUCACACUGCCAUUGGUUGUUGACUACCAAGUCUCCA